AUGAAAAUUCCUGCCAUAAGCCUCAAGGCCAUAGUACUAGUGCACUGGCUACUGACCGUCUGGGGCUGCAUGGCCUGGCUGCCGUCCUCCUAUGCCUGGGGUAACUUCAGUGUCCUGGCUGUGGGCGUGUGGGCCAUCGCUCAGAGGGACUCCAUUGAUGCUGUACUUAUGUUUCUGAUUGGGAUUGCAGUGACGAUACUGACAGACAUUAUCCAUUUUGGGAUCAACUACCCGCUCAUUGAGGGUCUAUCUGAGAGGAACCGGGACACAUUCCGCUUCAGUGCGGGCAUGGCCAUCCUGGGCCUGCUACUCAAACCUGUCUCCUGCUUCUUCAUCUACCAAAUGUACAGAGAGCGCGGAGGAGAUUACAACGUCAACUUUGCAGGCGUCCCCAGUGUAACACAAAACAGAGAUGCGUACCAGUCCAUGGACCAGCAGGACCAGACCACCAGCUCAGCCAACCCCUAA